AUGACUACCAGAGAAGCCUCCGACGAAAUAAUUUCUACUGUACCCGAUAAAUUCUGGGUGGCUAAGACAUUCGUCUUAUGGGAUCUGGAAGAUUGCCCAGCCCCUUGUGAUCUCACUCGUUUGUCGGUCUAUGCUAAUAUCAUAUCAGCUCUCGCUGAUAUGGGUUACAUUGGUAGCUUGUAUCUCAAUGCUUAUCAUCUGAAGAAGACGGAGAACGAACAAGAGUUUGAACAAGAGUUUGAACGAGAGUUUGGACGUAAGCUUGAAUACACCGCAAUCAAGAUAUUUCGACCAGAAAGUAUUCGUGCAAAACGUGAACAAAUAGUUUGGGACAUUUUUGAGUGGCAGUCAAGACAUCGCAAUGAACCAACAAAUAUCUUGCUAAUCUCAGGAGAGAUCCUCGACUGCAAUCAAUACGUCGUGGCUCUUCAACUCGCUUUAGAUUACAAUAACAAUGUUCUCUUGGCACUUCCUAGAGACCCAUCUGAAUCGUUAAUUGGUGUUUCAAGAUCAAUUUGGCUUUGGUCUAGUCUAUCAAAAGGAGGGGGCCCUCUCAUUGAGGAAACCGAAAGCUUGGAAGUCGUUAUUACUCUAUCUACUCCUCCUCGCACUGAACCGCCACUACUAUGUCUUAACUGUUAUAAGGAGCCGAUGAACACAACAGAACCCGGAUGCCAACAAACCAGCAUUCCGGACAAAUUCUCCUUGGCUGAGGUAGGCGUCUUAUGGGAUCUGGAUGUUUGUCCAAUCUCAUGUGGUCUCACUCUUGCGUCGAUCUAUUCUAAUAUCAAAACAGCUCUCCAUAAUAUGGGUUACUAUGGUAAGGUCUAUGUCUCUGCUUAUUCUCUUGAGAAGCUCUUGAACAUACAAGCGUUUGAAUCUGCCGGAAUCAACCUUUUGCAACCAGAAAAUGGUCGUGCAAAACGUGAUAACAUGAUUACGGACGUUUAUUUGUGGGGAAUAAACCAUGGUUCUGCACCAACAAAUUUGAUGGUAGUAAUAAAAGACCUCUGGGACGACGUUUUAUUCGGCCAGGCUCUUGAACGUACAAGAGGGUAUGAAAACAAUAUUCUCUUGGCAUUGCCUCAAGACCCAUCUGGAUCUGUUUGUGUUGCAAGUUCWGUUUGGCUUUGGUCRAGCCUAMCAYKUGGAGYGAGCCCUCUAAGCUCGCACAGUGGACUAUGUCUUUCCUGUGAGAAGCUGAUGAAGUAUAAAUCAAAAUAA